AUGUAUAAAAAAGAUGAGCAAUAUAAGAAAUUCUUAAAGAGGUUGAAGCAGAUUCAGGUGAACAUUCCAUUGAUUGAUGCUUUAAAGGAAAUUCCAGGGUAUGCAAAGAUGAUGAAGGACUCAAUGUCCCGCAAGUUCGACUUCCAAGACUUGGCCACGGUUACACUGACUCAAACUUGUAGUGCUGUUGUGACGAGACUCAUAGAUGAGAAGUUGUCUGACCCAGGGAGUUUCACAAUCCCCUGCACAAUAGGCAACUUUGCAUUUGCUAAGGUACUGUGUGAUCUGGGAGCAAGCAUAAACCUUAUGCCCCUAGCUAUCUACAAAAGGCUAGGCAUUGGAAGAGCUAGACCCAUGUUUAUGCUACUACAACUGGCUGACCGAACUGUGAAAAGGCCCUCCGGGAUUCUAGAUGAUGUAUUGGUGUAG